AUGUAUUUUCGUGGAAAAACGGGACAGAAAAUGCUCGUCCUGAGCGAGGACAUUGCUGGUCCAAAUUAUCUAUCAACCCUCGAUGAAACGUUAACCACAGAAGAGGUCGUCGCAAUAGCGGCGCACGAAUUGGGGCACUGGAAGUACUGUCAUUAUUGCAUCAAUCUCGUCGUGAAUCAACUGUGCUUGGGUUUAGAGAUGUUCUCCAUGUUCUGGUUACUGAAAUAUCAACCAUUAUAUACGGCUUUUGGUUUUGACGAUACACCUACUUCCAUUGGUCUCACUCUAUUACGAUAUAGUUGUGUGACGGAUAUGUGCAGGUUCUUCGUAAGAGUAGUGAAUAGAAGCACGGAAUUUAGUGCGGACAGGCACGUGAAGGUACUAAGGAAACAUCGACAUUUAAAAAGUGCAAUGAUUAAAAUAGAAAAGAACGACGGUUUGUUUCCAGUGCAGGAUUGGCUCUACUCCUUGUGCUGUAAUUUUCAGCCAACUUGUUAUGAGCGUAUAAAAGCUAUUAAUAAUUACAUUCCAUGA